GAUGAUGAUGAUGAUCCCCGACGCCGUUCUUGGCCACCCUUGUCGAGCCGCGGCGUCGCCGCCGUUGAUCGAUCGAGGUCGUCCAUUGUGCCGUCAGAACCGCCCGCGCGACGGGCUCGCGGCGUCUUCACGUCCCGGAUUCGGGCGAUGUGCUGCGGCCUCGUGCCUCUUCGGACCCAGUCUGAUCGAACCGGUUCGCAUCCCAUUCUCUCUUGCUCUGCUGCAGAAUCUCGGCUCCGUGGAAGUAAGUAGCGUUCGCUGAGCAACUAGAGUCGCUGUUGUGUCGUCGUUGAGUUCCUACUUGUUGAUCCGCCGUUGCCUUGCGAUCUAUCGCGGGAUUGCGUGUCUCCACAUGGAAAGGUUCCGAGUUGAUGUCUGUCGCCAUUCGCCGAUAUGAGUUCAUCCAUUUGCGUGUCUUAACUAAAACAUCACUCUCUCACACAGCAAGCAUGGGGCCUGUGUGAGCUGCUAAUGGAUGGUGUGUUGAUCAGGUGUCGUUGGUGAACUCUGUGUGUACGUCAAGCUAGGAUAAGAUGUUACGGAGGUAGGCAAGCUUUGAAUAUGGACUGGCGGAUGUGUUAUACGCAAAAUGGGUGUUCUAUAUGGUUGCUGGUAUAUGCUGGAUGCUUGGUGUGAGCUGAGUGGGUAAGUUGAUCAAAUUGUCAUGUGUGAGAGAGUGCUAUGCGCGCACUAGGCAAGUGGUUUUUAGUUGAGUUCUGUGCGAGAAUGAGCAAGCAUGGGCCUGUGUGAGCUGCUAAUGAAUGCAUGUGCGAUAUCCACUAGUGAAUGCUGUAACGUCUGUAUUAUGUGGGCUUGCUGAGUAUGUGUGUGUUGAAGCUGCUGGCAUGUUCAUUGGAUGUGUUUGCGUUGUACUUUGUGGGUGUGGCGAACGAAAGAGGAUUCCAGGAGCUGUGAUCUGCAGUUCCAUAAAUCGCAAAGUCGUUGCAAUGGAUCUGUUGAUUGCUCUGCCUCUAAAUAAUAACUUGUAGCUUAACUGUCCAGUCUGAAUGAGGAAGGUAGGAGCGCAGAAAAUUUGCUCAGUUUGGCUCACAAACCUUAUAUUAUGGUCGACAUUUAAUGGUAGUUUGGUAAAUUGUUCCAUAAUGUUUUAGUAAGACCUCUUGUGUGGGUUGCUGGAAUUACCAGCAAAAACCUUGUUUCCUUCAUCAUCUCUAGUAUUGGCAUUAGUUAAACUAUCACCCAUGGUCAUAUUUCUUUUCUGAGGUUUGACUGAUGGAUGGCGUGUUGUAUUGACUGUGCUUCCAAAGUUCUAUUAUAAAAUAAAUGACAUGCUUAGCCUUGGACACUCAGGUUCUGGUCCCAUCAUGUUUUUAUGAGUUUGCUUCCGGAAUUUUUUGUUUAUUUGCUCUUGAAUUUGACAUCUUUCAUGCUCGAGAAACUUAAGUUGUAAACUGAAAUUUUGCAGUGAUUUCUUGACGAGAUUGUACGACAUAGGUGGAGUUGUCAGUGUCAUGGCUCUCAGCAGUCUCUUCAUCCUCAUGACGCUACAUGGCUUAGAAUACCCCUACUUCUAUGAAAAGUUGCUUGCUUCCUGCUUAAAAUCACGCCUCCUUCUAGCAUACUUGGCUGCUGCUUUUGCUAAGAAACUGAGUCGACUAGCACUCUCUGUGCUCCAGGCCGCUCCGCUUCGCUCCCCGAUCCGAAUUUGGCCCCUCCGUUCCAGAGGGGACUCGGUCGCGCUUUCGCCGGCUCCAUGGCCGCUGAUGCGAAGUGCCCACGCGGGUGGCGCGGAGCUGCCGUUUUGAUACCGAGUGCCGCCGUUGUUGCUGGGGAUCCCGCGAAUCGGGGGUGAUUGGAUGAUUGAGGAUGCAGCCGCGGCUUUCGGAUUGAAGGCAUUGUUGCGGUGGUGGCGUGUGGUGUGGCGGCUAUGGCUCAGCAAUCGUCGCGACUCAAUCAGCUGCUCACUCUUCUCGACACUGGUUCGACUCAGUCCACGAGGCUUGCCGCGGCUCGCCAGAUUGGAGAUAUUGCCAAGUCUCAUCCCCGGGACUUGGCCUCUCUCUUAAAGAAGGUUGCUCAAUACCUUCGUAGUAAGAAUUGGGAUACGAGGGUUGCUGCAGCUCAUGCAAUAGGCGCCAUUGCUCAGAAUGUUAAGCACACAUCUGUGAAUGAGUUAUUUGCUGCCGUUGAGAUGAAGAUGUCCGAGAUUGGGAUAGAUGGCACUCUCGGAAACAUCCUGGCAUUGCCUUAUCAGUGUAAAUUUGUGUCAAGCGUUUCAUUUCAAAGCUUUGAUCUGAACAAGGUUUUGGAAUUUGGAGCUUUGUUGGCAUCGAGGGGUCAGGUAAGCUGCUCUGUCGGACUUUUAAACUAGCGUUUAAUACUUCUUCGAGAACCUUCUUCAAUAAUACUGAGUGCCUGCUUAUCAUUUUCAGUUUGUGGGUUUUGCUGCCUACAAAUAUGGAGAACUUUUUCUCAUUGCGUACAAUUAUGAAAACUUACAGUACAAGCUCCGAAAGCAGCAUUUUACCUCUGGUGUGAUUGACUAUAAAUAAUUUGAUUACCAUCAUGUGAGAAAAGAGAAGUUUGUAUGGAAAAUUGGCACUCUUGUAUUGUGAAUG